AACAAAUUCCUUUGAUGGUCCGCGGGUCAGACAAUAUAUUAUGAUAUUAUUUGAUAGCUUUUACGCAACUCGGCGCCCAGGGAGUCACAUGGACCGUUAAUGAAUCGGUUUUUAAACUGAGAGUUCUACUCGUAAGGGAGGAGUUUUUCCGUUGUUUCCCGACAAAAAGUUAGGGUGCUAACACCACCGUUGAUCUUGCAUCAGUUUUCCUCUGUUAUACUUGUUUCUGCCAACAGUUCCGCCUUGUAGACGAAAAUCAACCCGGUAAAAUGGCGAAGAGCACUAUUUUGUAUCUUCGCAUUGGCGAGGGAAAGAAUUUACCUCGGAAGGACAUCUCUGGAAAGAGUGAUCCAUACUGCAUUGUGAAAGUGGACAACGAGCCUGUAGCGAGAACUGCCACAGUUUGGAGAGAUUUGGAGCCAUUUUGGGGAGAAGAGUAUACUAUGUUUCUUCCUGUUGGUUUUACGAAUUUGUCUGUUUUUGUUUAUGAUGAGGACACCAUUGGGGUCGAUGAUCUUAUUGGUCGAGUGACAUUUGACCGAGAGACAUUGGCGCAAAGUUCCAAGGGACUGGACAAAUGGUUUCCCGUGUCUUUAGCCGAUAUGCACAACUACUCAGACAUUCAAGGUGAUAUCAGAAUUGAAACAACACUGUUCGAAAAGGGAGAUGUUAAGAAAAUCAGAGCAAAAGUUGUAGAAGUCAGGGACCUUCCCGAGACAGGCCGUAGCAUUUUAGAGCCAUCUGUAAAGCUCACCCUCAGGGAAUCAAGUACAGGUGGUGGUCAGAUGCGAUUAUCAUUACGAGAAACAGUCGUCAAACUCGCAGAGGGGCACAAAAAGAUGUGGAUUCCUGCAAAACAGAAGUGCUUAGAGGUGGACGUGAAAGAACCGCUACAGGAACUAAAGAUGACUGCUGAAGUGAAGAUUGAAUCUGAUGCACUCUGCUGUUUUGGGCAGGUCACGACUUUCCUGUCGAAGCUUAAGCCAGGGCAAACCCGAGACUGUUGGUACAAGCUGCUCCCGAUGCCUCAGUUGAAAGAAAUUAAGACAGAGAAUCUCGGUAGUAUCCGAAUGAAGGUCCGUCUGACUCAAGAACGCGUCUUACCGCAGAAAUGUUACCAGUCUUUAGUAGAGAUUCUUGUCAACUCCGCUAAGGACCCGGAGAGCCUGGAUCCCACAGCGUUGAGCUUAAUAGAACAGCUGACUGCCGCUGACCAAGCAAUACUGGCUCACCAGCUUGUUCGUCUGUUUAUUGGCCAAGAUCUCGUUAUACCGUUUCUCGACUAUCUGACUCUUCGCGAAAUAAGGAAUACAAGUUGUCCUAGGACUCUGUUUAGAGGCAACAGUCUGGCAGCCAAGUGUAUGGAACAAUUCAUGAAGAUUGUAGGUAUGCCAUACCUUUCGGAAACAUUGAAACCAGUUCUCGACAAGAUAUUUGAAGAACGCAAAUACUGCGAACUCGAUCCAUGCAAAGCUGCGGAACGGAAACAAAGCGCUCUCAGACGCCUAAGCUUGAGGCCAGUUGACGAGCAAGACAAGAGCCUGUCAGUGUUGACCACUUACUUAGAAACAGUCAUGAUGUCAAUCCUGAACUCAGUCAAAGAAUGUCCAAGCUACAUGCGCGCGGCCUUCAGGAAUCUCGCUCGAAGAGUCUCGGAUCGCUUUGGUGAUAUACCUGAUUACGAGGACUCUAAGUACACAGCCGUGAGUGGUUUCCUGUUUCUACGAUUCUAUGUGCCAGCAAUACUUGGACCCAAGCUCUUCGGUCUGCGUGAAAACCACGCCGACAAAAAUGUAUCCCGCACCCUAACCAUCCUAGCAAAGACUGUCCAGAAGAUUGGCAACAUAGAACUCCCUCUUCAAAACGGAAAGGAGGAAUGGAUGGGACCACUGUACAAGUGGAUCGCAUUGUACACUGAUGAAGUAAAGGACUUCCUGGAUCAGCUUGCAGACGUGGAAGAUACAGAAGUUCCAGGUUGUGACCACAGGAGGACCGUAUUCAGUCACUCACUGAUCAUCAAGGAAGGCUCUCUCAAGAAAAGUCGCUACAGGGACACCAGGCUGCCAAAGCCGUUCAAGUUCAAAAAGCGCCAUUGUUGGCUCAGCACUGAGAAUUUCCUUUACGCCAAAACAAACGAUUCACAGACAAGGCAGUUUCUUCCAACCAGAAAAAUUCUUGCCGUGGAACGAGUUGACGAGUCAGCUUUUCAAAAACCCAACGUGUUUCAAGUGGUCAGUAAGGGUUAUGAUGAAGCUCUGCAAAUUCUCUACCUCGCCGCUCAGGAUGUGAACGAAAUGAAUCAGUGGCUUUCAGCGAUAAGGAAGACCACUAUUUCUAAUACUAAUCUGCUCAAUUACUUCCAUCCGGGAGUCUUUCACAAAAACAAAUGGACAUGCUGUAAGCGAGUCAUCCAAUCAGCUGGUGGUUGUCAGCGGACACAUACACACGUGACCUUGAGCGACUGGCGAGAUCCAUUGGACCCAGACUCCGAAGCGCAGAUGAUUUUUACACAGCUUCUUCAAAGUCGAGACGAGAUUCGAAAGAAAUUUCUUGGAAUUAAUGAGCAGCGGAAACAUUCUCAAGAAUCCUACGACACAGCGAAAGAUGAAGAGAUAUCAGUAAAGGACUCACAUACGUCUUCAACAGCCGAAAGAGCUAUGGCUACGAAGCUGUUGGAGGUAGUAGAUGAACUCGAAAAGGCUCAUCAAACAUUCGAGGAGAAAGCUAUUAGAAAAUAAGAGGAUUAGAUCAAGAGAAAAAGGACUGAUUGAUAACACUUUGAUACAUGAAGGAAAUUUUCAUAUGUAAACAUACAAGUUAUAUUUUUUUCAACAAGACUGGUCCAAUUCAAAGAUUGUUUCUAAGUUGACAUGGG